AUGGCUGCCGGCAACAGUAAUGUUACGUCGGAUCAAUUAGCGCUUCUUGCGCUAAGAGAUCGCAUGAUCAAUUCAGAGCCUCGAGAAAUAUUGGCAAAAAACUGGUCCAUUACCUCCCCUGUUUGCGAUUGGAUAGGGGUCACCUGCGGCUCUCGACACCGCGGAGUGACUGCCUUGAAUAUCUCAAACAUGAACCUUACCGGUACCUUACCUCCUCAACUUGGGAAUCUGUCCUUUCUUGUUUCCCUUGAUAUUAGCAAAAACUAUUUCCACGGAGAACUACCUCGCGAGUUAGCUCACUGGCGCCGACUAAGAUACCUUGAUUUCGGGUUCAACAAUGUCGGUGGAGAGCUUCCCUCCUGGUUUGGCUAUUUGCAUAAACUCCGAUACCUGUCCCUCAGAGAAAAUAGCUUUACGGGUUCUAUCCCGCCUUCCAUCUCUAACAUGUCAAACUUGGAGAUGCUAUGGCUGUCUUAUAAUUCCAUUGAGGGGAACGUUCCGAUAGUAUUUCAGGAACUUCAUAAUUUGAAGCAUUUGAUUAUUGAGCAUAAUCAGCUUUCGGACAACAUCUGUGACGGCCUUCAGAAACUUACUUUUCUUGGUCUAACAGGUAAUAGUUUGACUGGUCAAAUACCUUCAACACUGUCCCGGUGUUCACUGCUUCAGGUGCUAUCCUUGUCAGUGAAUUAUUUCACUGGACCCAUACCCAAGGAAAUAGGAAACUUGACAAAGCUGGAAAAGCUAUACUUGGGGACCAACAACUUAAGAGGUGCAAUUUCAACUGAAUUAUGGAAUUUAACCAUGUUGAUGAAUUUAGAUUUUGGCGACAACAAAUUGACAGGUGGAAUACCUGAAAGCAUUGGGAAUCUUCACACAUUAGAGACUCUUGCUUUAUUCAACAAUUCAUUAUCAGGUUCCAUACCAGCUGCAAUUUUUAACAUUUCAUCUCUCCAAUAUAUUGGACUCCACCAGAACAAAUUCUCAGGAACGAUUCCUUUGACAGUGAGUAAUAAGUUAAGCAAUUUGGAGUCUCUUUUUCUUUAUCGGAAUGACUUGACUGGUGUUAUACCCAACUCCAUCUCAAAUGCUUCUAAGCUAGUUUUUUUGAUACUUUACAAUAACGAGCUCACAGGUUCAAUCCCCACCUCUUUAGGAAGUUUAAGAAAUCUAAAAAUUCUAAACUUGGUUUUCAACAGGCUAUCAAGUGAAUCCUCAGAAUUGAGCUUUUUCACUUUCUUGACGGCUUGCAGAUCCUUGAGAUAUUUAACAUUGAAUAAUAAUCCUCUAAAUGGUUUUCUACCAGCUUCCAUUUCUAACUAUUCGACUUCACUUGAAGGGAUAAGUGCAGUCACUUGUAAAAUCAAAGGAAACAUCCCAGCUGGAAUCAACAAUUUGAGCAGUUUACUAGUUCUAGAUUUUUCAGAUAAUGAAUUGAUUGGAUCUGUCCCAAGAACUAUGCAUAGUCUGGCAAAUCUUCAAGUGCUGUACUUGAACUCGAAUCAAAUAAGAGAUGUCUUGGACAUUUUCUGUGGAUUACAUAGUUUGGGGUUGUUAAGCUUGAGCCAAAAUCAAUUCUUUGGUAGUAUUCCAGAAUGCUUAGGAAAUAUGACAAAUUUUAGACAGAUUUUUCUAGACUCCAACAGGUUGACUUCCAUGAUACCUGCUAACCUAUUGAGCAUGAAAGAUCUCCAAAUUCUCAACCUUUCAUCAAAUUUCUUAAGUGGAUCGCUACCUUUAGACAUCGGGAACCUCAAAGCAGCAUAUAGUUUAGAUAUCUCGUUCAAUCAAUUAUCAGACAAAAUCCCUACAACCAUUGGAGAGCUACAAGCUUUACAGAACCUUUCAUUGGCGAGAAAUAAUUUGCAGGGUUCUAUACCAGAAUCAUUUAGCUAUAUGAGUAAUUCAAUUAGAAGAUCGAGCAAAAGAAAGGUGCUUCUACUUGUCAUUAGUCUGUCAGGGAUGGCAGCAAUACUGAUAAUAGCAAUUGGAGCAUUAUUGAAUCUAAAGUGGCUAAAGAAACCAAAGAGUUCUGGUGGAACAGAGUUGAUGUUAGCGGCAAAAUAUGAAAGAUUUUCAUACUAUGACCUUUUGCACUCAACCGAUAACUACAAUGAAAGCAAUUUGCCUGGAGAAGGGAGCUAUUGUUCUGUUUACAAAGGGAUCCUAAGUGAUGGCACUGUUGUGGCUAUCAAGCUGCUGUAA